CGACGAUGUCUUGAACAAGCUACACAUGUAGUACGGUGCACAGAUACUACUACGUAUGCGGUGUUUGCUGCGUCUGGCUGAGUGCAGGUGAUCCGACAAACCGCCUGCUUGCAAGAGGCUUUGUCACCGUCUUUCUUGUAUUAUGUAAGUCUGUCUCCACCGGGAAAUCAAUUUCUGCAGUGACCAAGCUGAUUCUUCAUGUUAACGUUGACCGGGGAAUGAGUAAUUCAACGCUUGCCCGGGUAACCACGCUGUUACUCGAGACGAUGGGACGAUCACCAGCACUGGUCGCACUGCUGCAGUCCACAGCGACAGGAAGCCUGACGGCAAUCAACACAGCUUGACAAAACCUUUUAAACUCGCUCGCCAUACUUGUCAAUUCGACUCCAGCACACCAUCUCCAAUCUCAAUCAACGCUCUCCUAACUCAUUCGACCCUCUCACACGAAACGCUAUGACUCUAGUUCUCCCAGAUGGUUAUCAAUACGUGGCUGCCUCGUUGCUGUCGGCUGCCUGGGUCAUCGUAUGGCAAAUCGUACGUAUCGGCUCUGCCAGGAAGGCAGCGGGCAUUCCUUAUCCUCAACUGUAUGCGGAGAACACUCAACUAAAAGAAAAUCCAGCUGCUCUUCGGUACAACUGUGUCCAGCGUUGCCAUCAGAACACUCUCGAGAGUAUCCCAUUGAUUCUUAUUUCGUGAGCCGAUCUGCACUCUGACCUAAGGACGCACUCAGUAGACACGUAUCUGCAGCAC